AUGGAGUGUUCAAGCUGCCGGGAGAUGUGCUCGCAGAUUCGAGAAGUGACAUCGCAGAAUAUCCCAGCCCAUGAGAUUUUGAGGAAGGUAUACUGGAUCGUCAACCUACACUGGCGCUGGCGUGCAACUGAAAUCUCCGACUUCGAUGAUGCCGGCAACAACUGGCAUGCCCUUACCUGGUACAGGCCAGGCAUGCCCGGUGAUGUGUGGGAGGAGGUGGCGCAAUGGCACCUGAAGAUCGCGAAGUGGGGCAGAUUCAGGGGCGAACGAGCCGAGGACUGCGCGGCCACCCCCAUCUCGCUGGAGGAGCUGGCAGAGAAGCUUUGCGAAAUCACCGGAAGCCUCGAUUCUCAGGAGGAGCUGAAGGACGCAUUCUGGACGCUCGGCUGCCGCAUUCAGAAGACCCUUCGAAUUCUUGAGAAGGUCGAAGCAAAUCAGGAGCAGGUUCUCGGUAGGGAGUGGCACGAGGGGAACCUCGUGGAGCAUGUCCGCAAACUGGUCGACGAUCCGGCGGUCCGGGGCCGGGAGACACUUGUAGCCGUACAGCUUGAAGACGUCCUAUGGCGGCAUCGCACACAGUUAUCAUGCAACACACUGCCCACUCCCAAGACCGAGCCCAUCAGCACGGAAGGCAGCACGGUUGCAGCUCAAGAUCAGCCGACUCCGCAAGAGAGGGUGUUUGCAUUGGUCGUGGCCAUUGCCAACGGAGAAGAGCACUGCCUCCUUCGUCUACGUCUCUCCCGUGCCAUCCUUGCGGACCAUAAGGUCAUCAACGGCAGCAAAAUAAAGCUGUCGCAAAGGAGAGCCUUCAGGUUCACGACCCACUCCGGACGUCUGGUCCUGGCACGUGGUUUCAGGACUUCCUGGCCGUGGCUCAAAGCCAACUCCACCGAAGAUCGCGGUGAGCCCUUGGAGGCAGAAGAUGUGAAGUAUUACAAGACAGUGGGCUCCGGACCCGAGCUCUUCGCUGUGAGUGGCCAACAGGUCUACUACGAAGACAAGAAGAAGUGGGUUCCCUACAAGAGCUCAGUCUUACAGGAGUGGUCUGAGAUACAGGAUGUCAAGAUCCAGUUCGACAAAAAUUGGGCAGAGGAAUUGAAGCGGGUCUGUGCUCAGAACGUCUACUGCAGAGUCUGCGAUAGACGUGGACGAGCCCUGACGAUGGAGGUAGUCGGACAGCUCCAGGAUGUUCCUGUGCCCGCCGACUUUCCAUUGCAGGUUAUCUUUCUCGCCGCUCGGUUGCAGUAG